CACAGGAUUAUGACAGCUCACAAUCCCAGCUGCAGAGGAAGGCUGGGGCUAGGACAGACACAGUGCUCACCACGCAAUGCCAUGGACCUGAUGGAAGGGGGCUAGUGGGACAUCAGCUUGCUCCUGAGAUGAAGACCCUCCUGUGGGGCUGCACCUUGUGCGUGGUCCUUCAUGCGGUUUCUGUAAUCGGGAGAUUGCAUCCGGAAUGUGAAAUUCUAACUGAGAUAAAGAGAGAUGAAGAGCAAUGUUUGCAAAGUAUUAAAGAGAACAGCAACGCUUCAGGCCAGGGCUGCCAGGCCGUAUGGGAUGGUGUGUUGUGCUGGCCCUACGCUGCUUAUGGACAGAUUGUCAAUGUAUCCUGUCCAAGGAUCUUCUUACAGUUCAACCCAACUUUAGGCACAAUCACAAGAAACUGUACCAGUGCAGGAUGGUCCGUCCGAUCACCAGCAAACUUGACCACUUGUGUAAUGGACGCACCGGUACUGACAGCUGAGGCAUCGUACUAUGGAACAAUCCAGACCAUCUACACAGUGGGCUAUAGCCUGUCGCUGGCUGUACUGUCUGUCGCUGUCUUCAUCCUGUUAAUGUUUCGGAGGUUGCACUGCACCAGGAAUUAUAUCCACGUCCAGCUGUUUGCCACCUUUAUCCUUCGCAGCUUGUCGGUCUUCAUUAAGGAUGCCGUCCUCUUUGGCGAUGCCGAUAUUGACCACUGCACCUUUUCCACGGCCGGCUGUAAGAUUUCAGUGGUGUUCUGGUACUUUUGCAUGUUGACCAAUUACUUCUGGCUGCUGGUGGAGGCCCUGUACCUCAGCUCCCUGCUGGUAGUGCCCUUCUCCUACGGCAAAAGUUACUUCUGGUGGUGGAGCGUCCUGGGAUGGGGUGUUCCCACUGUUUGUACUGUUGCCUGGGUGAUUACAAAACUUCAAUUUGAAAAUACUGAGUGCUGGGAUGUUAUUGAAGGUUCUCCGUACUGGUGGAUAAUCAAAGGACCAAUUGUGGCGUCUAUUGCAAUCAACUUUGUGCUUUUCAUUAACAUCAUCCGGAUCCUGGUGCAGAAGGUGAUGCCGAGGGAGGUCCACACAGCUAUCUCCUCACAGUACAGGCGACUGACAAAGUCAACCCUGCUGCUCGUCCCUCUGUUUGGUGUGCACUACAUCGUCUGUGCUUUCCCUCCUGAUGGGGCCGUGCUAGCCAUUAGACUUUAUCUUGACCUCUGCAUCGGGUCAUUCCAGGGCUUUAUAGUUGGAGUGCUGUACUGCUUUAUGAACCAAGAGGUGCAGACAGAGAUUUACCGAAGAUGGCUUAGCAGAAAACUGAACAGUUAUGGGGCCGUGCCAGUCAUAGGGAAAACCCAGAUGGACACUUCCUGUUGAACUCUAGGUCAAAGGUCAAGCGGAAAGCACUUUCAACCCCAUUCGCUGACCCUCCCGUCUACUUCACUUUCUCACUGUUGAAGAAAUCUGUCCCCUCCUAACUUAUGGAAUCUUUCAUUAUUUAAUUUUAUUUCAAAGGAAUCAGUGUGAGCUCAAGUUGGGCAACCUGGAAGGAUUUAACCACACCAGGUAGGCCUCAUGUGAGAUGUGCAAUAGGCAGCCUCUGCUGUCGAGACUGGAGUUUGACCAGCAUUGACCGACUUGGUCUCCCUGAGGAUCCCCCGUGAGGAAUUCAAUACCGAAAUCUUGGGACUCGGUCUGUCAUGAGGUGGUUAUUGGCUCAACAUCCAUCCAGCUCAUGAUAACUUCCAGUGAACUCCCGGGGGGGGAAGCAGCUUGUGGAAGGGUCGUGCCAUUUCUUUGUCCAAAAUCGCACUCUCGAUGAGGAACUACAAGGAGAGAGACAAAAACGGUUGGCAUUUAUAUGGCACCUGUCGCAUCCAUGGGAAUUCCCAAAGCUCUUGGCAAACCACUGAAAUGUUUCUCUUCUCGAAAUGUGGCGAUGUUUGGGCCGUCGGGAAAUUGUACAGAGAAAGUACCCACUCGUAGGUGUGCAAUUAUGAACCGCUCAUCUGAUUUGUGUUGGUUAUGUUAGUAACAUCGAAUCUUGGAGCUGGAGUAGGCUAUUCAGCCCUUCAAGUAUGCUUCUCCAUUCAAUACAAUCAUGGAUGAUCCUCUAUCUCAAUGCUCUGUUCCCACUUUCUCCCCAUACCCCAUGAUUACUUUAAUAUCUAAACAUCACAGAGGGUAGUACCAUGUGUGGAAUGAGCUUCCAGAGGAAGUGGUGGAGGCUGGUACAAUUGCAACAUUUAAGAGGCAU